CACGCACGCACGCUCCGCAAGAACACUUCAUCCUGCAGGGUUCAAUUCUCAUCAAGUGCUUCCAGUAUUCGACUUCCAAGAAGUGCAGGAACAUUGACAGGAAACGUUUCGGCUACCGUGAUGCGGGUGUUCCAAGAAAAAGUUAAGUGCUACCUCGAAGAUUCGCGGCAACUCAGUCGCGAUGACAGUUUUGUGAUUCGGAUCAGCCAUUCGUCUCCUUGCCAUGCAAGUGAUCGUGACCGUUAUAGGUUCAAUCUUGACAUAUUCUUUCUCUGGCCCAUCUGCAUGCCUGGUGUCUACUGGCAACGCAGUCAGUUACCAGCUGUUGGUAGACUACUUACAGAUUGGACUCACCCGCGCCAUGUGGGGCUAUUCCACCACGCUCCCUGCCGGCCAAGGCUUCUCAAUGUCCACCAAACUCUGUUUGCUUCGAAACCUCGCUUAUCACCACCAUCAAUAUUCGGAGGUUCAAAUUUACAACACGCAAAUUCACACGUCCAAAUAUGAAUAUUACUGGUGGUGGAAUACACCACCGACACUGACAAGUGAAACGCUCAUGACUUUCAUUGUGGUGCUAAUUUCGUCCAUUGAUUUGCCCCGCCUCACCAAUGCCAUCGUUAGUUGGUUUCAAUUCCCGUGUUUCCAACAACGUUCCGUGAUCAAACUUUGCCAAGCAUGGAAGCAAAGUCCAUAUGCAUACGGCACCACCAUGACAAUAAUGCUGUGGCAUAGCAUCGCCUUGCAAUGAGCCACGAUUAUAUCCAGGGCUGAUGACUGUGAUACUUUGCCGGGCUGAUGACGAUACUUUGCCGCCCUUCUGGUGAGUGUUCCUGGUGACGGCCUAGCCAGAGUCUAUAAAUGAGUUCGCCACCGACUGACAUCAUGAAACGGCUUUAGUUGAGUCGACCCACACCUCG